AUGCUGCCUCCCCACGAGCCUUCUAGGGUUCUCAUUCUGGAAACGGCCGCUCCCAAACCGAGGGCGCAGACUGCUGCUGCCCACCGCCCACCCACCCACCCGGAGCCCCUGGGCCGCUCUCAGCCGGUCACCGAUGGACUCAACAGGCCCAGCCCGCGACGCCCAACUUCGGAGACCCCCCAGGUUCGUGAUGCCCUCCCCGCGCCCGCCGGCGCCGAUGGACAUGGGAACCAGGGCGGCGCGGGGAGGACGGCCGGCCCCAGCCCGCAUUACCGAUCUCGGACGGCAUCCUCCCCGCUUGUCGCCGUCGCGUCCAGACCCCCAGGCCCCUCAGCUCAGCGCUUGGACUCACCCAGACACGCCCCAAACCGAAAGCCCCUCACAAGAGAGCCAAGGGCUCUACUGGGCCUAGCGGGCCCCACCGCGCCUGCGCCUGAACCCCUGCGCUGCACCGCCUUCCGUAACGUCGCCCGCCUGGACUUGGCGAGUCCGAGUCGCGGUGGCCACAAGCAGGUAGGAUGCCGCCCGAGAUCAGUAAGUGUGGACUGGGCCCCGCCGUCCUCGGCACACUGCCCGGGCCCCCGCGUCCUUCGGCGCCUGUGGCGGGGGUCGCGGGCGGCCUGGCGGGGUCCCUGGGUGCAGGGAGGGUACUCACAGGCCAGCAUCUGGUCCUCGGACCUCGGGGGUAUCCGGCGGCGAUCCCAAGCCGGGGAGACCCCCGAAGUUGGGUGCUGCAGGCUGGGCCUGGCUGAGAGCGCUUACCAGGAAGUGGCGCGUCCCUCAGGAAGUGCCUGCUACGUGUACGUCUCCGAAGACAAAGUGUUUGCCAGCUUCUCCCAGAUGGAGAGAGGUGUCUCCAAAAUGGACGCUGUGGCUGUUGAGGAUGUGGCUGUGGACUUUACCCAGGACGAGUGGGCGUUACUGGAUCUUCCUCAGAGGAAACUCUACAGAGAUGUGAUGAUGGAAACCUUCAGAAACCUGGCCUCAAGACCCUAUGAAUGCCAGGAAUGUGGGAAAGCCUUUCGGCAUGCCUCAAACCUCACCAUCCAUGUAAGAAGUCACAGUGGAGAGAGGCCUUAUGAAUGUAAGGAAUGUGGCAAAGCCUUUCAUAAGUCCUCAAACCUCACUAUACAUAAGAGAAUUCACAGUGGAGAGAGGCCUUAUGUAUGUAAGGAAUGUGGAAAAACUUUUAACAGGUCCUCACACCUCACUGCACAUACGAGAAGUCACAGUGGAGAGAGGCCUUAUGAAUGUAAGGAGUGUGGGAAAGCCUUUCAUCAUUCUUCCAGCUUCACUAGACACAUGAGAACUCACAGUGGAGAGAGGCCCUAUGUGUGUAAGGAAUGUGACAGAGCCUUCCGUUAUUCCUCACACCUCACUCGACAUCUUAGAACUCACAGUGGAGAGAGACCCUAUGAAUGUAAGGAGUGUGGGAAAGCCUUUAGUCACUCCUCAGACCUCACUGUGCAUGUAAGAAGUCACAGUGGAGACAGGCCUUAUGAAUGUAAAGAGUGUGGGAAAGCCUUUAGUUGGCCAUCACACCUCACAACACAUGUAAGAACUCACAGUGGAGAGAGACCCUAUGAAUGUAAGGAAUGUGGGAAAGCCUUUAGUUGGUCCUCAAAUUUCACUAAACAUAUGCGUACUCACAGUGGAAAGAAGCCUUAUGUAUGUAAGGAGUGUGAGAAAGCCUUUCAUCACUCCUCACACCUCACUCGACAUAUGAGAACUCACAGUGGAGAGCGGCCUUAUGAAUGUAAGGAAUGUGGGAAAGCCUUCAGUCAGUCCUCAUACCUCACUACGCAUGUAAGAAGUCACAGUGGAGAGAGGCCUUAUGAAUGUAAAGAGUGUGGAAAAGCCUUCUGUCAUUCCUCAAUCCUCACUAGACAUAUGAGAAUUCACAACGGAGAGCGGCCUUAUGAAUGUAAGGAGUGUGGGAAAGCCUUUCGUUGGGCUUCACACUUCACUAAGCACAUGAGAAUUCAUGGUGGAGCGGGGCCUUAA